CAUCCUAUUCAUAAGUUGGAUGCGGAGCGAGGCACGAUUCAUGCAGGAAAGUACAAAGUUUUAAGCCUGCCUGGCUGAUAGAUCAUAACAUUUUGCUUAAGCUACAGUAUACUUUGCUUACUAGCACAGGAAUAUUGUUUUUUUUGGACCAGGACUAUUGAAGAGGGCCAAUAUGAUGUCAGAUGAGUAUUUGGUGGAGUGUAAGAUUGAUGACGAUGAUGAUGACGAUGACUACGAGGUGCAGAAAAUCCAGCCCUCUCCACCUCCACCACCACAGUUUAGCUCCAGCCCCUCCAUCACUCCCCAGCCCUGGCUCAUUCACGUCGACAUCAGAGACCCAUGUGGUGUCAACAAACAUUUGAAGGUAGAGUUCAGCGAUGUUUUAGCAGAGCCUGCCUCCACGCACAGCUACGAUCGUGUGUGGAUUUACAGCGGGAUAGCCUUCGAGGCAAUGCGGCUGUGGGGCUACCGCUGUCUGACGGCCCUGUGUGCUGUGCCUGUCUCUUGUCUCUGUGGCUGUCUCUUUGCCCUUCUGGCGUGCAUGCAUAUCUGGUGUGUGAUGCCAUGUAUCCAGGUGUGCCACACAUGCUUGCCCUGUGUAAGGUCACUGUGGAUGAGUGUGGUGAAUAUCUUCAUCGCUCCAUUCUGCACGUCUGCGGCUCGCUGUUGUAGUGGCAUACAUGUGCUGUUCUCAAAGGAGUGAUGAAAGAGUCUGAGGAAGCUGGUCAAACUGCUUUUCAAAGUUCACACUGAAAAACAAAAACAACAAGAACAAAAACAUGAACCUCUGUAGUCUCUGAAUGGAAUCUCGUCAUGCCACCAUGAGACUUUCAAAGAAAAAUAUGAUAUGUUAUUCUCUUUGUAUUUAAAUCUUUAUGCAGGACAUAAACAACGCUGGUUCAAUGCUGGUCCAGAAGAACUUCCUGUUUCAGUUUCACUAAACAAACGUUUUAACAAAAUGCAACAAACAGAACAUUUAUAACCUCAUC